GAACCUCGUCCUACUAUUUCUCCCUCCCUUUUAUAACAGAAAACAACCUUCUCCUUUUUUUUCUCUCUCCUAACUUAACAAACUUUUUCAUCAACCCUUACUCUCUCACUCACUCUUUCACAUUUUCUGAUUUCUCAAUUUCAUUCUUUUACCUAUGCCAUGAUACAUUCCAAUGGCUAAGUCUAAGCCUUCCAAUUGGUUUAACCGAAUCUUCCGCCGUCGUCGUAAAACCCUCUCCCCUCCGCCGUCCACCACCACUACCGUUUCCGAAUCGAACUUUUACGGGGGAGAGGAGAAUGACUCUAUUGAUGCCAAUAAGCAUGCAAUAGCCGUGGCGGCCGCUACAGCAGCCGUUGCCGAGGCUGCUUUAGCCGCGGCAAAGGCGGCUGCCGAAGUUGUCCGCCUUACUUCCAAUGGCCCUUCCUCUUCUCCCCUGCCGGGACAGGUCAGUAGUAGGAGGUGGUCGUUAGAGCAUUUCGCUGCUGUUAAGAUUCAGUCCGCUUUUCGAGGUUACUUGGCAAGGAGGGCUCUGAAGGCACUUAAGGGACUGGUUAAACUUCAAGCCCUUGUGAGAGGCCACUUUGUCAGGAAACAAAGCACAGACAUGCUUCGACGCUUGCAAGCCUUGGUUCGAGUCCAGGAUCGAGCUCGAGUUCAUCGUGUACUAAACUCAGAUUCACCAAAUCAUGACCAAGAGAAUUCCAGAAGUUAUGAAAUCUGUGACACCAGUGAAAAGCUUGAGGAUUCUCCUAUCAUCAAGAGAUGUGGAUCAAUAUCAAGCUACAAAGAGGCAAGGAGCAAUGAGAGUAAAAUUUCAGCUACGAAUUGGGUAGAUAAUUGGGUGGAAGCUGGAUCUUCGGUGAACAGCCAAAGCUCGAUCAAGAUUCUUCGUGCUGAUGAUGAAAAGAGCGACAAAAUCCUUGAAGUCGACAGUUGGAAGCCUCACUCAAGGCCCAAAAAAACAAGAAACUUGUCAUUCCAACAGCCUAUGAUGCAACACAUUUCAGUGCAAGACUACCAUAAUCGCAGUUUUGCAGCAUCUGAUCACCUGUCAAGGUAUUGCCUGAAUGAUCUUUACAAGCCCAAUUCAAGUCCAUGUGCAGAGGAUGUUGCUUCAAUGAAAUCCCUACAAUUUCCCCUCGAACCUUGCACUGCUGAGAGCAGCCCACCAGAUCAAGCUUUAUCAUCAGCUCCUCGAGGAUUUGGUAGCUCUAGAAGAAGUCCCAAGACCCCUUUGAGGCUUGAAUAUUCUAGCAAAAGAAGCCUAUGGAAUGGAUAUGCAAGUUUUGGAAGUCCUAGCUAUAUGGCUAACACGGAAUCAUCUCGAGCCAAGAGUAGAUCCCAUAGUGUGCCUAGACAAAGAGGAGAUAUUGAUUUUGAGAAGCGUAGAUCUAUCAAACGGUCCCUUCACGCAUUUUGGCAGUCUACGACUUCAUCCAAAAAGAACUCAGACCCUUUCGCUGACUUGUGAAAAUAUUGAAAAGCCUAAUAAAAGCUAAACUGGUUAAUUCUCUUUGAGUUUAGGAUUGUAACUAUUGCAAUGCUUUAAGAAUUCCACUUACUUUGGGAUAGUGUAGUUAUAAACUUUUAAUUAUGGAGGUGUUCAAACAUGAUUAUGUGGGUGUUUUGUUUAUUAAUGUUUUAUAAUUAGGUUUAAGGUUGUAAGUUUGUUCAUAAUCAUGUUUGGAUAUUUUGAUAAUAGUAAUAUGCUCCGUAGUUCUCAGUUAAUGAAGACUGAAGUUAUCUACUUCUGCAAAUAGGAGAAAAAAGUCUGUUAUUGGA